CAGUACAUAUCCAAAUUAACAUACGGUGCCGGUUAUUUAAAUCACGUGACUAAACAGCAAUCGGAAAUUCGUUCCCUGACGACUGGAGAGGGCGAUAUUUAACUUAUAAUCAAGGAGCCAUGUUGGAUUUACAGGUGAGGUAAAAUUAUAAACACAUUACAGUGUCACCCAUAAAAAUGUACGUGUGCCCAUGAAACAUGACCAAGACGCUGAAACAAGGUUUCCGAUAUUUUCACACGCGAAGUUAGUUAUUUUCACGUAUAGCAAAAAGGUGCCCCCUCACCAACGAUUGAAGCGAGCCUCUGGUUGUCAUCCCCCGUUCUUUUUGUGAAAACAUGCAUUUCAAAGUAUAUGAUCCUACAUUAUAUUAUGCAGUAAUUACAUGAACUAUCCCAGAUCCAAACAACGAGAUCGAGUAAGCGAAUCGGAUUCAGCAUUUGUAAAGCUUGCAAAGAUGAUAAUAAUUCACAUGCAAAGUUUAUAUUCAAUGUGCGACAUUUGAAAAUGAUGCCGAAAUCCUAAUGAUCUUCUUUUACUAACAGUGUGAACCAUUCAUGUGACCUAGACACAAGAAAUGCUACAUCCCCGGCGCAGUGCUCAGGAAGUCCUGCUGUGCGACGUCUGUGAUACUGUACCCCUACAGAGUCACUGUGAACUUUGUAAUAUCAGUCUAUGUACUAAUUGUGUUGGUAAACACCUCUCGGAUUUCUCUAAAAGACACAAUGUCAUACCCUUUUUACAAAGAAAUUCUGCUACUAAUAAUCCAAAAUGUCCAACGCAUGCCGACAAACACUGCGAACUUUUCUGUGAGAAAUGUGACAUUCCUGUCUGUUCUACCUGCGUCUCCUCUGGUAAACACAAAGGUCACGAUUUAUCAGAAGUUCUGAAAGAAAAGCAAUCUAAAAUACAAAGGAUAGAAAUAGAUUUGGAAGAACUCAAGACCAGAAUAUAUCCCCGAUAUGAAGAGAUUGUCUCCGUUCUCCAAACUGAGAAAGAACAGUUAAAAACGAAUUACGGGAAACUGACAACAGCUGCCGACCAAAAAGGUGAUGUCUGGCACCGAAAGAUCACCGAAGUUGAGGAGAUGGAAAAAAAACACCUGGCUGUUCUAGAAAACCAAUCAGAUGAAAUCAAACACAGGAUUACAGAACUAAGACAAAUAAUACCUGAGGAAAAUACUGGACUCCAAUGACGUCUCCCUAACCUCUACUUACAAAUCUAGGAAUGGAGAACCUCCUAAAGUCAAAGUUACAUUACCAAGCUUCUAUUCUCCAACAGUAAAUACAGAACAGCUCCAUCAAUUGUUCGGUUCUU